CGCCCCUAAACCAACUGACAACACUGGUCUACCUCCCCGGAACUCACACUUUAACGUACUGGUUGGGUGUGGAGGAAGGAAUGUCUGGAAAGAGAAGAAGAUGCAACAGGAGACGGUUGUGGCAUGCAUGUGAUCGCUUUAUUCAUUUCAUCGCCAAAACUUAAUAACCAUGGCUUCCAAAUCAGUCUCAAAUGGAAACAAUGACUCUCUUCCUCCCAUUGGUGUUUUCUGGGAUAUUGAGAACUGCAGUGUCCCCAAAGGCAAAUGUGCUCUUAGUAUUGCACAGGUCAUCAGAGACAGAUUCUUCAGAGGUUUCAGAGAAGCUGACUUCCUUUGUGUGUGUGACAUCAGUAAGGAAAGUAAAGCUGUCAUCGAGGAAUUGAAUAAAGCACAGGUGACUGUCGUCCACAUUAAUGCAAUCAGUAAGAAUGCAGCUGAUGACAAGCUCCGCCAGUGUCUACGAAGGUUCUCCGACACUCAUAGCCCUCCUGCUACUAUUCUCAUGAUUUCAGGUGAUGUGAAUUUUGCAACUGAACUGUCAGAUCUUCGCCACCGUCAUGGCUUCAGGAUUGUGCUCAUCCACAACAAGUCAGUCCCUGAGGCACUUGUGGCCUGUGCUCAUGUUCAUUAUCUCUUUGAGGAUAUUGUCAAAGACGUACCGGAAAGACAGCCUCCCAAGCCUUCCAUUGGAAAUGUAGAACUUCUUGUGACAAACCUACCUUCAAAUCAAACAAUAGGAGCUCUACGAACCCGCCUAAAACGAUUAUCUGAUAACUGUGGAGGGAAGGUGAUGACCAUCAAUGUUCAUACAUGCUCGGCUGCAGUCAGGUUCCCAAGCUUAGAAGUUGCUCACAGGGCCAAGAGGCGUAUGGAAGGUGAAGAUGUGUAUGGAAGCAAAAUCGGCCUAGAACUUCUCACUGAAUCGAAGAGAGCUUUACUUACACCUAAGGAGAAGAAAGAGAAGCAAGGAUCUCCUGCAAAACACCAGAAAAAGUCGCCGAAACGACACAAGAAAAUGAGAGACCACAAUCCACAACCUGUUCCCAGUAAGGGUGACGCAAGCACAGAUUUGAAUAUCCCAAUUUCUAGUUCUGACAAUGAAACACCGUCUUCUAUGACACCUGUGAAUGCAGAAGUAGAAUCUCCAUCUCCUAGUCCUAGCGUCCGUCAUCAGUCGCCAAGCAUGGUCAGCCCGCAGAGGACUGCCCAGGUGUCUCCUUAUGGGCGAUCUCAGUUCACACGACCGCAGGGAGUUGGCCGAGGUUAUCCCAUGCCAAGUCAAGGUCAAACUCAAGGUGAUGGAGUCCACAGCAUGGGAGACAUGGGAGAGAAGUUCCAGAAAGAAACCAGAAAUGAAUUUCACCUCCCACAACAAUCUUAUCAAGGGAAUCCACUUAACCAUGAUCCUGGUGGCGGAGAUUUUACAAAUCCGCCCCCCUAUAAGCAACUGAAUCAACAGUACCCUGAUCACCGACCAAGGAACCCAGAUCUUCUUGGACACAGGAAUUAUGACCAUCAGGGGAACCACCAGCAAGGGUAUGGCAGGGGGUACAGAAGUAACACAUCCUCUCCUUAUGAACACCAGCACAGUUGCAGCUCAGGACCGUAUAGAUCAAAUAACCAUUCCCCGAACCCUCCCAGACCAUAUUCAGCUGGGGGUUACAGAUCUCUCCAUGGCAGCCCUGGUUCAAACGGGAACCGAUCCAAUCCAGAUUUUCGCAGCGGCAGUCCCGGUAACCUGACCUAUAAUCAGAGAAACUAUAGAGAGAGUUAUUUCCAGCCUAUCAGAUCUCACGGGAGUUCACCACGUCGUAUGACACCAUCACCUGGUUUCGGAGCAAGAAUGAUGACGCCGUCUCCACACAUGAAUGUUGAUGAGAUGGGAAAUGUUGGCUCAUGUCUGGAGCUCAUGGUCACUAAUCUCGACUACAACAUCAGUGCCAGGGAAUGGAAGAAGAUCUUGUUUACUACGUUCCAGCAACAAGUCCAGGUACAAAAUGUGUACAUCCAAACGCAGUCAGAUGGUUCUAACAUGGGUGUGGUAUGUGUGCCAACCAUUGAUGAGGCCAGGCUUGCCAUCGCUCAGUUCCAUCGGAAGAAGAUUGGCUACCGAAGGAUCCAUGUGGCUCUGGUCAGGAAGGACAAUGGACUGGCGUCUGCUACGAUCAGGUCUGAGGCUGUUGCUCUGCUGAAGGAAGCAACUGGACAGACUCUGCCCCUCUUCAAAUUCAUUGAACUUUUCGAGAAGAGAUUUCACCAGUCUGUGAGUGUAUCUGAGCUGUAUCAAAUGAAGGAUGUGAUAGAGAUCAGUGACAUGGAGGGCUCGGGCAGAAUGGUGAACCUUUUACACAGAUACAGGGACAGCCCUGCUCCUCAUGACUCCUCAGAUAUAGAGGUUGAGGAGAUUUUCGAGUCCCCGAUCUGUUUGAUCCACUGCCCUGAAGGAAGCGAGUUCUACAUGACAGCCCUGGACUCGGCUGGUCUGCCUAAUGUGGUGCUACAGUUGAAAGGCCUUGCUCCUCAGGUCCAUAGCCUCCUGCAGGCACACAAUGGCAGCAUGCCCUUAAUGAGCUUUCCCGCCUGCUAUGCAGCCGAGUUUGGCCCUAUCUAUCAAGUCUCAGAUGGUGGCGUUCCCCUGGAACAUCUCCUCACGUGCAUCCCUGGGAUACAGGUUGACGUGUCCAAGAGUGGCGUCAAGAAGAUUCAUUGGACGGAAAACAAAGCCCCAUCAACCAUAGAAUGUGGGCGCUUCCUUCAAAGUCCUGCCCUGAACCAGAUGUUGAAUCAACUGAGCAAAGAAGUUGUAGAUCUUUUGAAGAGUUGUCCUCAAUGUCGUAUGCCAUUCAGCAAGUUCAUCCCAGCGUAUCACCAUCAUUUCGGCCGCCAGUGUAGAGUUGCUGAUUAUGGAUAUACCAAAUUGGCAGAGCUUUUCAAGGCCAUUCCACAUGUGCUGCAGGUGAUUGGCACUGGUAACCGUGGUAUCUUGACCUUGACCCACCGAGCUCAGGUCAAACGGUUCACCUCUGACCUUCUCCGUCUGCUCAAGUCACAAACAAGCAAGGCAAUCAUGGCCAUUGAUAUUCCUGCGAUCUUUAUGAAAGUUUUCAACAAGGUUUUCGACAUGUCCGAAUAUGGCGUCUGCUAUUUGGAGGACAUCUUGUUGGAGAUUCCAGACACAGUCGUCAUGGUUGAAGGUCACGAGGAACAGAUGGUGAUAGCUAUACCACGACGAGAUCAGACUGUGGAGGAGAUCGAACGUACUAAGAAGUUUAUCACAGAAGUUGUCGAUCUGCUUCGCCAUAGUCCCCAGUGUCGUAUGCCCUUCAAUAAGUUCAUUCCAUCGUAUCAUCAUCAUUUUGGACGGCAAUGCCGUGUUGCAGAUUACGGGUUCAGCAAACUGAUUGAUCUCUUCGAGAGCAUUCCAGAUGUGAUCAAUAUUGAAGAUGACGGCGAUGAGAAGAUCCUAUGCUUGACCGAGCCUGAGCUGAUUAAAGUCCUGGCAGACCAGGUCAUGUCCCUGCUCGAGUCCUGCCCUGAGGCCAAGCUCCCAGCCACUGAGUUCCUUACUGCAUUUAUGAGGUUCCAUGGGCAUAGCUUACAGCUGCAGGACUUUGGAGUUCAUAAUGUGAUUGCCCUGAUGAAAAAAAUCAAGCAUGUUGCAAAGGUUGAAGGUUUCAAUGGCAAGACUAUGAUCAGUCUGGUGGACCGUAGCCAGGUGCAGCAACGAGUGCACCGUGUUCUCCUGAUUCUCCUGGAGCAGCCUGGGGGGAAUAUGCACAUCCCAUACCUCAAGGAGAGGUACAGAAAGACGUUUGGUGAACACCUGGACAUAGCUGAAAUCAAGGAGGACCUCAAGGAGUACAUUAUGGUCUCAGAUGAUCUAAACAAUGGUAUUGUCAAACUAGUCGCUUUGAUGGAGUUUGCUCGAGAUGUACGAAGUCUGCUGCGCAUUCACAAAGGUCGCUUGCCAAUGCAACAUUUCGGGUCGGCGUAUCGAGAUCAUUUUGGCACCGAACUGAAACCAGCAGCAUAUGGAUUUCCAAACAUUGAUAUCCUUCUUCAGUCCCUACCUCAUCUUCUUCAAAUCAAAGGGAAAGGCUUCAAGAGGGUCAUGUACCUUAAUACAGAUUUCCUAGACAAGUUCAGUCACCAGAUAGCCUACAGCCCUGUCCCUCAGGACAGCGACUACAUGACUACAAGAGAUCAGAAUAACACGCCGUCUAAGGAUUCUGGAAUCCCGGACAUACACAGUGAUGAGGAUCUGAUGUUGGUUGCCUCCCGUUCCAACACACCCAUGGACCUGCUGGCAUACCCAGUCCCCUCAGCUGUGCCCUCCCCUGAUCUCCAACCCAAGGUGCCAUCUCCGGCUGAUCUCAUGAAGUUUGCUGAUCCUCAUCAACCAGACAUCAUCUCUGGGAUGAGCCAGGAAGAGAAGAAGAGACAGAUGAGUCCGCUCUGCCGUACACCGACAUCAGAAAUGUUACAGUUUGCUGCCCAGUGUUUGCCCGGCAAGGAAAUGAAGAACGACUCUCGUGCUGAGAACUACCUGAAGGAUGUCUUCAUCCAUUCUGCUCCACCACCAUCACCACUAGCAUAUGAUCCAUAUAACCCAGCAUAUCAAUAUUACCCCCAGAUGUCAUACGGACACUAUCCUCAGAUGACAACCAUGCCGACGUACCAACCUUACUGCCUGUCACCGUCUCCAUAUGCUGUUUACUACCCACCGCCUCAAGCUACGGCACCUCCACCAACCCCAGGCGGCGCCCCCUACCAGCAGCCCCAGAUGCAGCCUGCACAGUAUUUCACCUACGAUACUGUCAAUGUGACCCAUUCCCAGGUGGUAGGAGACCCUGGGAAGGCUCUCCUCGCUAUGAUCUCACCAAAAGAGGUCAAGGAAGAGAGUCAAGAAAGCGAUGAAAAGGUUGGUACAGCCGCUGGUAAUAACACCACAUCCACUCCAGCUGUGAACAAGCCACCCCGUAGAAAUGCUGAUGGUAGUCCCAUUGAUGAAAACAGUGACCAUGUUAAGGCAAUCCUGGCAUUCUUAUCUCCAUUCAAAGAGGAUGGUUCUCCAGUCACACCGUCGAUCCAACCAGGGGCUUUGAGUAGCAUUGCUGCGGAUUUAGAUGCGGUAGGUGAGGAAAAAUCUCACAUUGUUGUUACAACUCCCCCUGGUGCUGAGGGGAAGCCAGCAAGGAAUAUUGUCAUGGAACAAAUCGCCAAAUCCCCGGCAAAAUCUUUAGUGUUGGAGUCGGAGGAAUCUGAAGGUGUUGGCCUGGAAAUCACAGAUUCUGUUGAAAUUAGCGAUUUCGACAAGACGACUGAUAGCGAAGCUGAAGAUGCAAAAGGUGUGACAUUAAAUGUUCAACAAACUAGCAGGCGUGCUGAAUUUGCAGCUGUUAGAGCUAAGGAAGAAGAUGUCAAUAUGCUAUUGUCAAGGUUGUCAAUUCCUGCCAAUAAGAACAAACUCAAUCGCACACCAUCAGAUACUGAAAGUGAUUUGGACAGUUCCAGAUCCGGUGCGUCUCCGAAAUCGGGCACACCCAAGAGGUCGCGCAUUGCUGCUAAGUUCAAUGUACCAAUUGAAACGGAUCGUACCAAUUGAAAUGGAUCGAAUGAGUUAGAUUACGGCUUAGGAAAGAGUAUGAUAAUCUCAGUGUGUUGUUGACUUGGUUUUCUUCGUGUAAAACAGAUGGAAUGAAUGAUUUAGUAUUGAAUUGCAUUUUUUUUAUAUUGCAUUUUGGACAGUAACCACAUCUAAGUUCUUAUUUUCUGUUGAGUUAAUCAUGUUCAUUCACUCUUGUGACACUAUUUCAUUGUCUCACAUAUUAUUGCUGUCAUGAAAUUGGGUGGAAUAUUUAGCCAUUGGCUGAGGGUUUUUUUCAUGAGGACUUGUUGUAAAAGUCAAUGAAACCCCCAAAAGGGUUGACACAUUUUGAAACAUUUUAUAAGUUAGUUACUUAAAGCAUGUGUUUCGUAUAAACUGACAUAUUGACUGAGUUUGAUUAAACUUCUAAUCUGCGAGUAAAAAUUGAAGUUUUAUGUCUGUCAUUGCUUGAAUGUCAUUUGUGUUCGAUGACACAUUUGUGUUUGUUGUGUAAAUUUGUCUUUAACAUUGCAUGGACUACAUGUACAGCAAUCAUUUUAGAAAAAUGUGGAUGAUUUGUCUCUAAACAUUUCUCUAAGUCUUCUGUUCAAUUAUAAAGGGUCAUAUUAAGUCAUAAUUAUGCACAAAAUUGGGCAAUGGCCAUUGUGUAUGCAAAAUUAUAGAAAGUCUUGCAACAUCAACUAAUGUUAUUUGAACCUUCAGGUAUAAUUCUUGGCAUAGUCUCUUUAAUGGGCCCCUUCACUACCAGUAAAAAGGUGUGACAAAACAUACAUACAUACAUGCUCCUGAAAGUGAUAUUCAGACAUUUCACCUAACUGGAUUACCUGUGGCUAUUGUGAUGAAUUGAUUACUCAUCAAAAAGUAAUGAUGAAUUCUUCAGGGACUUGGAGAGCAUUCAUUUGUACAUAUUGACUGUUAUCAUUUGCGGUAAUGCAGGUUGCAUUUAAAUGUUUUUGCAGUAUUUUCAAAAUAUUGAGAGAUGAAGUAGCUUUUUCACCAGAAACUCAAACAGGUUUGAUUGGAUUUGUUUUAAUGUGUUUGAAAAAACUUUGAAGUUGAUCUGUCAUGUUUGUGCUGGUGUUAAACCCGAGUUUAAGUCCUUGAAAAGCAGCUGGUUGCUUGGAUGUGGUUCUAACAACCAUUUUGUAUGCAUCUAUAACUUAGUACUUGUUUAUACUAUAACUUUUGGUCGUCACAACCAUUAGUUAGCAUUGUAACUAUACUCUUUGGCACUUUAUUUCUUUUGCUAUGUAUGUAUACAGAAGUGUGUACAUUCUGGUGAAUUACACAUUGUGUAUGCUAUACUUUGUCUAUUUUUCAUGGUUGAACAUCAGAAAAUGUAUGUUCUUGCAAAAACUAAAAAUGGGGUGUAAUCAGCAGUUAUCCAGUCUCCAAGCAGAGCUAAAAUUACUAUUGACAACCUGUUGCAUUUGAGGCAUCUAGGAAGCGCUGUGUGAUUGACCAUAUUUAUCUGGAGUAAAGUCGUGGCAGGCUGAAAAAGGGAAUUCAUAUUUUCUCUUAAGAUGUGCACUGUUGACCUGAAGAACUCAUUUGACUGUUGAUCUGAACAACUUGUUUGAUAAUGACUCAAGAAUGCAGUGGGAGAGCCAUUGAAUAUCAUACUUUGCCAGAUAGAUCCCACGCUCCCGUCUCCAAAAAACGUUUGUUUCUGGACUCCUGGGGAGGCCAAGUUCUAUCUGAUGCAGCUUGUUGUAUGGUGGUACCCGUUGGUAUCACUGUCAAGGUAAGGAUGUACGUUCGUACACGUUUAAGACGUUGACUGCUACACGUUUGUGUAGUCCCCUUGUUUUAACGAUGUGAUGUUGAGAUUGUUAUGGCUUUCAAGUUUGCAUUGGGUUUUAUCAAACAUGUCCUUACGAUGGCAAUGCUGUCGUCUGUCAACGCUGGUUAGGUAUUUCUAUAUCAAAACAGUAGACUUUUGAGUUCGGACAGGUGUCACAUUCUAAAGAAGAAUCAAAAGAAUUCUGCUUUAAACAGUUUGCGAGAUUUCAGAAUUUGGUAAGAUGUCUUUCUUGUCCUUCACGAUCUCGACUAAUCACCAUUUUUGUCUAAAACAAACCAAGAUAUGAAUGUUCAUUCUCAUUCGGCCAAUUUAAGUUUGAGGAGUUUAUUUGUAAGUGUGGUUCACACUCCUAAUUUAGUUUGAAUAAACAAAGGAUUUUCAUUACACCCCACAAA